CACAGUUUCCACAGUCGGACAUGGACGAUGGCGAUUAUCAUUGUAUAUGACUGAAACAAAUCUAUUCUACAAGAAAUAUCGUGCUGAUUGAGAAUUGAAGAUGUCUUGUGUUGAUGCGGAUGUUGUGUUCUCUGCAAGCUUCUGGGCCGUAGAUCCAGUGGAAGUUUCUCUGGCUGUUAUAUUUGGUCUUCUUGUCGGGAUCGUGAUUGCGAUCAUCGUUGCAAGAUGUUUCUUCCAGGAACUUGCAAAAGAAAGAAUCCAGAAGGCAGAGAAACAUGAUUGGACUAACAGUGGAAUGUAUGAGAAACGAGUCUCAUAUCUACCGGCUGAUGAAGUUCCAUUGACGGACAUUUACCAUGUGAACGAGGAGUCACCCUCGUCUAGCGGACAGAAACGGAAGUCCAGCAGCGUGAGUGGAAGAGCUGUCGAUAGCCAAGUGACUAUCGAGAGCUAUGAUGCAGAGAAACAAGAAGAGAAAGACUUGAAUUCAUUUCUCAUCUCUGCUCUCACUAAACCCUCAGGGUCUAAGAUGCAGACAGAGCUGAGUUUACAGGAUUUCAGAGAGACACAGAAGCUUGAAGAUCAGCUUCUUCAGGAGAAAACAUCAGUGUUUCUGCAAUUGUUAAAGAUUAUUCUGUGCAAGUUUGUUGCUAAGGAGAGAUUAGAUGAGGAAUAUGCUGAUCAAUUUAUUGACAAAUACACCCAGUCUGUAGAGAACUCUAUGCAGGCUAUUGCAUCAGAACAAGCUGCAGUAGAGGAUGAAAUGAGGCAGGGAUCAGACAUAGCUAAGGACCCACUGUCUAUGGAGGAGGCUUUAGAGAAGACUAGACCAGCAUUCAGCCGUAGGAUGGGAAAUGUUAUCCAAGAGAAUCAACUAAAGAUCAGGGAGGAUCUGGCAAAGGAGACUGAACUCAGCGAGGAAGAGAUUGAUGCUUUAUUUGAAAAGUUGAGUGAGAAUAUGGCGGAAGCGGAGAGAAUGAUUGGAGAAGAAGCAGCCAGACAAGCAGCAAUCUUGCAGCAGAGGCUCGAACGUCGUAGGGCGCUGGCCCUGCAGUAUAAUGGAAUAAAGACAAGGGAAGAGACAGGGAUCCAGACCCGUGUAUCUGAUGUACAAACUGUCAUGGAUGGAUUGAUUGAUGAUCAACAGCUAUUGGAGGAGCAGAGAGAUAGUAUAAUGAAACAGUAUGAAGCAGACUUGGCCCAGAUACAAGAGAAUCAUCAAGCAGACGUAAUUAGUCAGAGUCUCCAACUGGGUGAGAAGUUGCGUAAAUUCCGUGAGAAGAAACUUCGGAAGCAGGAGAAAGGACAAGAAGAGGAGAUGGAAGAGCUUAAAGUGGCUGCCUCUAAGGCUGUUAAUAUAACGGACUUUGUACAGGCACAUCAUAAUCUUCUGGAGCAGCAUCGAGACAAGCGGAAUAGUCUCUUAGAGGAGUUGGACCAUCGGGAAGCAGAGGAUAUGCUGACACUUAGACAGCAAUUGGAGCAAAGCCGCCAGGAGUCUAUUACCAAACAAGAGGAAUCGUUGUUUGAGAUCAUGGCUGAGAGGGCAAGAUUAUCGGAAAAAGAAGCCAACAAGAUUAUGAGGAGACAUUCAGCUAAUGUCAAAGCAUUUGAAGAGAAGCAAGACGAAUUGAAGCAAGAGCAGCAAGGCGAGAUGCGGGAACGGCUUGCGCAACGCAAAGCAUUAUGGGAAGAGCAGAAACAGCGAGAGGAGGCUGAGGAGAAGCAGCUAGCCGAGCAACAGGCUAAGACUGUUAGCCGGCUACUAGAUACUCAGAGUGGCUUAGAUGAAGAAGCACGGAGACAAAUUUUGCUUCAACAUGAGCAGAACACCAUAACAGUCAACAACCAGUUACAGAUGACUAAAAUGAAACAUCAGAAGCUUUUUGAAGCCAAGUUGGCUCAUCGAAGAGAGCGCCUGGAAGCCCUGAAGAAAAAACAGGAGGAAGAGCUGGAAUCAGCCGGGUCUGAGAAACAAGCUUCACGUCUUAAAGAACAACACGCCCAGGAAGUAGCCACCGAAAUGAAAUCCAUUGAGCAGGCUAAGUCAGAUCUGCGAUCCCGUCUAGCUCUAGAGAUAAAGGAAGCUCUGAAAGCUCAAGAUGCUCAGCUUGGUGUCCUCAUUGGCAAGCUCCAAGUCGGACAGGCCAGGAGGAAAAACAUCAUUAAGAAACAGGAUAAAGCUAUCAAGGAACUGCAGGAGCAAAUUGUGGAUUCAGUGUCAACAAACCAAGCCGUCUCGGAGCACCAAACAGACCGUAUCAUUAAGAAACAUCUGAGAGAGAUAGAUGAGGUACAGGAGAAGUUACAAGAAGCUCGACAGCGUCAGGCAAGAGUGUUGCAAGACAAAUAUGAAGCCAAGAAACUACUCAAAGAAAAGACUUUCGUCUCUCAGCUUGAAGAAGAGAAGAAAGAAAUUACCAGAAGGCAAUCAGCAGUAGCACAGUCUGCACUGAGUAUCAUGAAUCAGAUGCUUCUGACAACCAGACACAAGCAAGCUAUCAGUAAGCUAGAACUAGAGAUGAAACGAGAGCUAGCUGAGCAGAAAGAAGAACUCAAUCAGGAACUGGAACGAGCUAUGGUCCAAGAACUUGAGGAACAAGAGAAGAACUUCAUGAGUCAACUUGCUGCCGUCAGUCAAAUGAGCAAGGAAGAUUUGAAAGACAUGGUCAACUCGGCUGUUACAGAGGGUGGAGGUGAUUUAUCUGAUGUGAAGAGGUUAUCUAAGGAUCUAACCCAGAGGAUAAAGAGUGCCAAGACACAGCCAGACUACGACGAGGAUGAGGAAGAAGAAGAACCAAUCAGGGUCAAGAAGAAGAAAAAAGGCGGCAAGAAAAAAUAAGUUGGGAAUACAGCUUUUCAUUUGAAU